CUGAGAUCUUCUAAAUGCAAGUUAGAAACACUUAAAUUGUCACAGUGCAACAUUGAGCAGAUGGGCUGCUAUUAUCUGGCCUCAGCUCUGCAGAACAACUCCAGCCACCUGACUGAGUUGGAUCUGAGCAUUAAUAUGGUUGGAGACAAGGGAGCCAAUGAGAUCUUUGAAAAGUUUGAUAUAUCACAGCUAAGGAGGCUGGAGGUGUACCACUGUGGCCUCACUGUUCUAAGCUGUAGAAAUAUUGGGGAGGCUCUGAAAUCUGAAGACAGCUCCCUGGCAGAACUCAAUUUGAGCAACAACAGCUUGAAAGAUGCAGGGUUUGCAGUCAUCUGCGAAGGCAUGUAUGCAUGGUGUAGUCUGAAAAAACUCAACGUUUCAAGAUGUGGAAUCACUCGUUUGGGCUGCGGUUAUUUGGCAAGGGUCCUGUGUUCAAUUUCGCAGCUCUGCAAUGGAUGGAUGGAAAAACGAGACUGGCAAGCAGUGGAGCUGCAAGACCUUGACCUCAGCCUGAACUGCCUCGAAGACAUGGGAGUCAAAGAAAUUUCGGAUGGACUGAAGAAUCCCCUCAGCCAUCUGAAAACUCUCAACCUGAGCCACUGUAGUCUGACGGAUGACUGCUGUGCCCAGCUUGCAUCAGGAAUUUCAUCCAAGCAGGGCAUUAUCGGUGAGCUGGACCUCUCUGGCAAUGACCUUCAAGAUAAGGGAGUAAGGAAACUCUGCGUGGGACUCAGAAACCCUCACUGUAAACUUAAGUUGUUGUCGCUGCGGACAUGUGGUCUGAGCUCGAGGAGCAUUCAGUUCCUGAUCUCUGCUCUGAAGUCAAACCCUGAACAUCUGGCAGAGCUGCAUCUGAUGGGCAACAGUCUGGAAGACUCCAAAAUCCAAGAGCUCAUGGAGCUAACAAAGAGCCAGAAAUACUCAUUAUGUACAAUAGAUGUCUCGGCAGAUUGAGGAGGCGGACGGAAAGCAAACACAAGGACACCAAGUGCUCAAAAUGGCCACAUACUCGCACACCAACCCAGUGGUGGGAAGGUCCUUGUAUUUUAGUGCAUAUUGUAGCAACAGUACCAGGUGUUCACUCUACUUUUCCCUCAUUCAUUUGGCUUUACCUACUGUCUCAAGUUUAUUUUCAGAAAAUAUGUGGCUGUACCCAGUGGGUAUUUUAAACCAACUGAAUGUUCUUUAAAUUACUAUUUGACGUAUUUUUAAUCAGAUCUCUUGCUUCUAAUGUAAAAAAGUGUUUUCUUUGCCUACUGUUGAAUGUUUACAGCUCAAAAAGGCAAGAGACAAAUGACCAAUAGUUGAAGAAGGGAUUUAUUCAUAUAAAAAUAUGUGCCUAUCUCUAAAAUGUUCUCGUUAUAUAGCAUAGGUUCCUGUUGGAUGCAAUGCAGAAAUAUGUGUAAUAUCUCUGCAUCCAUAAAAUAAACCACUU